AAAUCUCAACAAGCCGUAAAUACAUUACUCUAGUUCGACGGCCCCUUAGCCAUAGAGGCUUCGUGCCUUAUACAUUUAUUUCCAAUGAAGCAAUCACACACAAGUAUGAGCACUCUCACAGCCGUGCCGCACGCACGCGCGCGCUCACAAAAAUUUCCGGCAACAAUGACAUAUUGAUGGAUUAACGUGCCCGGAGCGUAUCAGAUUACUUUGAUAACUUCAAACUAAACCUUUGCCUAACCUAAUUUUUUCCCUGCCUGUCUUAACCCGUGUACCAAAAGCAUGACUGCUGCUUUGGUGUGCUCUAUCUUGAUGAUUUAUACAUCUAUCGAGGUCUUCACCAUUCCUGCUCCGCCGAGCCAAAGUUACGAUGCGUUGCUAGAUGAAGUCAUAGCUGCGGAAAACGACAGAAGGACCGCAAUGAAAAAAGCAGAGAAGGAGGCUGAGAACAAAAAAAGUGAUGCAAUGGGCAAAUUUCUGGAGACAGUGAAAAAGGUGGAUGAGGCGCUCGUAAACAUGCGACUUUACUUCGACGCUGGUAAGACUGUGUUCGACGUCAACGAAGGGAAAUUGAACGCACAACAAGCAGAUGUAGAUGCGUCAACACCUGUCCCGCAGAGCGAAAGUUACGACGAGUUACUACAUGAGCUCACAGAGGCGGAGAUCAACAGAAGGGCCGUUAUCGUAAAAGUGGCAGAUGAGGCAGAGAGAAAGAAAAGUAGUGCAAUGAACAAAUUUAUGCAGACUGUGGCAGAGGCAGAUGAAGCGCUCGUUAACAUACGACUUUACUUCGAUGCUGGUAAGAACAUGUUCGACAUAAACAAAGGCAACUCCAGCAUCCAGAAAGCAGAUGUAGCUGCGAAAACGUACCUCCUAAAAGUUGAGAAUUACCUCCCCGAUCAAAUUAUUAGGUUGUCCGUGAGCCUUAAAACUUUAGAGGCGCUCAUGAAUGAUCUAUGUGAAGAUGAGUGUAGCAUACCACUGCAACUAAUCAACGCUUUUCGGAAGAGUGAAAAUGUACUAGUUCAAAUCACAAGACAGUUUAGAAUUGAUGUGGCUGAAAUGAAGAAAGAGCCUUAAAAAAGAAAAGAGAGCGGAUGGAAGAAAUCGGUAAUAUAUGACUUUUUAUUUACGUCUUUGGAUAUUAUGAAGACUUUCAUAACUUCUACUGUCGAUUGGAAUUAAUUCAACGGAACCAGAAAUUAUAUAGAGAAAAAAAUUGUCCGUUGUUAUUUUGCUUUUAGAGACCUUUGAAUUUACAGUUUCGUUUUCAAUACUCACACUGUUCAAAAUUGCCUUUCAUUAAAAUAAUCAUUUUCAUUCCUCUA